AUGCCUCGUCACACUGCACCGGACCACAAUCCAGUCACCCCAGCCAAUCCAACGCCAACGAUGACGCCCUCGGCACCAAUCCGUUCGUCUAGGAUUCCGCAGCCGAGCGAGCUUCCAGGAACGCCCACGAGAGCCUCGAGGCGUGACCACACGCUCUCGCGCCCACCCCAAGAGUUCCUUGAAGAAAACUUCCCAGGAGAGGCUGGUCCCUCCCGUGCAGGCGCAGAGAACAAUUCUACUUACAACAUCACCAUGGGGUCCUCGUCGCCCUUCGACGAGAACCCUCCCUCCCCUACUCCAGUCCGCUCCGGCACGAUGCACGCUAACGGCGCGCCUACCUCAGCCCAACACGACAACAACCCGCCCUCCUCGCCCUCCACUGUCAGGCUCAUCGACGACGAGCAAGCCUCCCAGUACCAGCACGAGUACUCGUCCCAGAGAACAUCCCAUGGCGCACUGACUCCAGACCCCGAGUUAAUCAUCGAGCAGAACCUCGAUUUCGUCAUCUACGAAGACCCGGAGCCGGACCAGCGCGCCGCCAUGCUGGAUGCGCAGCACGUGCCGCGGGUCAUGGAGCGCGACAACGAGAAGGAGAAUAGCGCUUUUCUUGCUGAAUGGGUCCAAAUGACGGAGGCGCAGAGAGCUGAGCAUAGUGAGGCGACAAGACAGCACAUGGAGGAGCUGAUGAGGGAAGGAGUUGAUGAUGAUGAGUAGUGGGUUCUUGGAGGGGAAAGGUUUUGGGCGGGGGUUUGCUUAUUUGCGGGUUGCGACUGCAUGGGCAUUUAGAGCGGUCCUGUUUCGGUUGGAGAGGAGGCAGUAAUUUGGUAUAGGUGGUUUCUUUUGUUUCCUGGGGGUACCUACUGCGAUGGGCGGCGUUUUGCUUAGCGUUCAUAUAAAAAAGCAUAAAGCAAUAAAAAAACUUGAAAAUAAAAAAAAACCUCGAGAUCAUAAUUGAUAAACUAUAAAACAACUUAAAACCUGUCAGCCAGGAUCACUCCGAUAACUCUCGUUUUUUCCAGCCUCAUUACAGUCAGUUGUUACACAACAGCCUUACCCCCUGC